CCCCCGCCCACUUCCUGAUGAGAGCAGGUCAUGACGCGGCCUGCACUGUUGUGAUCCCCGGCUCCGACCGACAGGCAGCGGUGGACAUGGAGGAUCUCCGGAGCUCCGGGUGAUUCUCUCACGCAGCCCCGCCACCGUGAUAGAAACCCUCGUUGUAGCAAGCGGCGCCGGCGGGCGACACCGGGGAAGCUGGCGGCCUUGUACGAAGCGUUGCUCCUCCCGGAGGACAUGGAGAUCACGGCGGAGGCAGAGGCGGAGGAGCGCAGGAAAGAGCACUGGAAGCUGCUGUCCAGCCUGAAGACCACCGUGGAGGGUCUCGUGUCCACCAAUAACCCCAAUGUGUGGUCACGCUACGGCGGUCUGCAGCGGCUCCACAAGGACAUGAACAACAUCCUCAGUCAUGGGCUGAAGAAUGAGCAGGUAUACUACAAGCAAAGAGACUACUGGCCGUUUGUGUGGUGCGUCCGCUACAUCAGCCCUCACCUUGCCUCGCACGUUGAACAGUUCAGUCAGCUGGAGCCGGUACUGAGCAGCGGGAUGAUGAGUGCUGGUGAGAGCUACAAGGCAGAGCGCUGGCUGCUUCACAGUUUACAGGUUCACAUGCUGUCGGCUCAGCUCCGACCUCUGCUCAGACACCUCGGACAUACCCGUAAAUACUAUAACGAUGAUGCCUUUCUGCUGAGCGAGCCUCACGUGACUGCCAUGUUUCAGUGUCUGGAAGCUGUGGAGCAGAACAAUCCCAAACUGCUCGCCCAAGUAGACACCGUCGGGCUGUCCCCUCUCAGGGGCCCACUCUGUCUGGGUCUGUUGAAGAGCCAGAGCCUGUGUGUGUUGCCAGGGGCCGGUGGGGCCUGUUGGAACCGUGACUCGGCCCCUCGAGGAGAAUCUCUAAACCGCAGACUCACCACCUCCAACUGCUCUUUGCGAGAAGCCGUCAUUACUGGCCACAAAUCCGGGAAAACUACGGGAGUCGGAUCCCAAAACAGCAACAGCACAAACGCUACCUCUCCAGCCAGCAGCCUGGGAGCUCCCUGGGUGUGUGUGUCCAGGCCGGGGGAGAGCAAGCAGGAUGCCACUCCCCCUCCUGACCCCGCCUCGGUCCCUUGUAUCACCCUAACAGACUCCCCCACGCCUGCCUCCCUUCAGCCUGAGACAGGGGACUCUGGCGAUGGGGACUAUGACGAUGGUCCAGAGUACCUGGCCAUCGGUAACCUGGGGCAACGCAGUCGCCGUGACUCCCAGAGCUCAACCCACAGCAGUGAGCAGAGCGAAGCUCGGGUACAUUCCCUGGAUCAAAGAUCCCAGGCCCCGCCCCCACCGAGACGCUCAUCUUUUUCAGAGGUCCAGAGGGGGCCAGGCCGCGGGUCCAAAGGACACACCCGCUCGUUCUCUGACACGGGUAUCAACCAGAAACUCAGGAAUGAAACGGCUGGCAGUGACUGCUGCAUGAAGGACUACGGCCCCUUCGCACCUCAGUGCAGUGAUUCCAGUACGCCCAGUUCCCUCUACAUGGAGUCUUAUGGGUCCCAGUACAGCGGUGUACAGAUGCCAGAUGGGAUGUUCAGGAAACCGUCGGAGGGCCAGAGCCUCAUCAGCUACCUGUCGGAGCAGGACUUUGGCAGCUGUGCUGACCUCGAAAAGGAGAACGCUCAUUUCAGCAUUUCCGAGUCCCUCAUCGCAGCCAUCGAGCUGAUGAAGUACAACCUGCGGCGCCAGGAGGAGGAGGGCGAGGAGGAGGGAGACAGUGACUGUGAGAUCCAGCAGCUAAAGCAGAAGAUCCGCCUUCGCAGGCAACUGAUCCGCCGCAGCCGCCUGCCACCCUGCGCAACCUCCCAGCACAUGUUUCACUCCACUGACAGUGGAGGCUCCAGGCGGAGUUCUCAGGACUCUUACCAGGGCCUGUCUGACUCAGACUCAGCUGAGGAGGUGGAGGAGUGUGAACUCAGAGAUGGCUGUGAGGGUCAGUCCCUGCUGGCGGUGUCUCAGAAUGGCCUCUCGCUGUCACUCGCCUCCCUCUUCUCAGAUGCAGACAUAAAGCGCAGCGUGAGCUCCAGCAGCAAGUCUUUUCUCAGCUCAGAUUCCAUCUCUCCAUCCUUCCUCCAGUCUAACUCUGCUGAGUCAGUAGCCAUGGGUUUGCUCAGGCAGUUUGAGGGCAUGCAGCUUCCUGCUGCCUCGGAGCUCGACUGGCUGGUCCCAGAACAAGACGCUCCACAGAAGCUUCUGCCCAUCCCCGACUCCCUGCCCAUCUCACCCGAUGAUGGCGAACACGCAGACAUCUACAAAUUGAGGAUUCGAGUACGGGGCAACCUCGAGUGGGCGCCGCCUCGACCACAGAUCAUCUUCAACAUUCACCCUGCCCCCAAGAGGAAGAUAGUUGUGGCUAAACAGAUCUACCGCUGCGCUGGCUGUGGCACCCGCAUCGACCCAGACUAUAUCAAACGACUGCGUUACUGUGAAUAUCUCGGCCGUUACUUCUGCCAGUGCUGCCAUGAGAACGCCCAGGCGGUGGUUCCCGGUCGAGUGCUGAGGAAGUGGGACUUCAGCAAGUACUAUGUCAGCAACUUUGCCCGGGACCUGCUGAGCAAGAUCGCUGGCGACCCACUGUUUAACCCGAAUGACAUCAACAGCGGCCUGUACAAGAAGAUCAAAGCUCUGGAGGCUGUGCGGGUUCUGAGGGUGCAGCUGUUUCACAUGAAGAAUCUCUUCAAGACCUGUCGUUUUGCUAAAGAGGUGCUGGACCAGUUCGACAGCUUGCCAGGUCACCUGACCGAGGACCUUCACCUCUUCUCCCUCAAUGACCUCAGUGCUGUGCGCAACGGGGACAUGGCUCCCCGAAUGAAAGAGCUGCUCAAACUUGGUACCAUGCACGUAGCUGGUUGUGUGCUGUGCCAGGCGAAGGGCUUUGUGUGCGAGUUCUGCGGCAACGACAAAGACAUCAUCUUCCCCUUCCAGCUGAACAAGUGCCAGCGCUGCGAAGAGUGCCAUGCGUGUUACCACCGCGGCUGCUUCCGGACGGGUAAAGACUGCCCUCGAUGUCAGCGGCUGGCGGAGCGGAGAGAGAGGAUGGCGCGCAAGAACAUGGAGGAACAAGAGGACGAGGGAGGAGGGACGUAGUGCUGGUAACAGAGGGAGGGAGGAGCCUAACGCGACCAUGAUUGUAGUGACAGACCUCACCUCUCUUUCUUUUUCCAGUCCUCUCAGGCCGGGGUGACAAUACUCGCUGCAAACAGCUGUUGUUCUUUUACCUUUUUACCACAUCAAGUCUUCAGCUGUGUCACAUGACAUGGAAACAUUUACACUUUCAUGUAAAAUCGAGGGACAGUUAUGACACAAUUAGCUCCAAGGCAUGGUAGUUUUCUAAAACGACCCUUGGUUUAACCCUCAUCAAGAGAAACACAAUUUAAAAAAAUAUUUUUUACAUUUCUACCAUGACUUGGUGACACGCAGUUGCAGAAUCAAACAAUUAUUAUCUGACAACCAUCUCUGUUGCUCCAAAAACAUGUUUAAAAGUUCAUCAUUGGCCUCUGUGAGAAAAGUGAGCACUUUUCCCCCUCCCAUUGUGUCAUUACUUAACUCUUUUUUUGAGAAGUGAUGCACUUGUGUGCACAGUUCAGAUGAGGUUGUAUUAAUAGAAAAUGUAUGUUACAUAGAUUUGCAUGAGAAGGUCUCAGGGGAUAUUUGACAGCAUCUGUGUUGCAGUCAAAUGUGUAAAAAAACGUCCCGAGGUUUGCUUCACUGCUUCUUUGGUUAAAUCAAUGUGAUUAUUUUUUCACAUUGAAGUUGAACAAAAAACAACAGGUGUUUGUUCAGACUACUGUACCCAGGUCUGAUAUUAAUCUUUCCUACAACUGCAGCUUCUGGCAACUGCUUCAACUCUGGAGAUUUUAACUGGCUACUGGCUUAGCUGAGGGUUUAUUUAACAAGAACAAUGAAUGAAAUAGUUCAAUAAAAGUUUAGAUCUGUUUUAUGAUUUGACUGAUUUCCAGUAUUCACACACUGUAUCAACGUUAUCCCGCCCUUUAUACUGAGUCUCGUUGUGUGUUUUGAUUUUAAAUCAUCCCUGAUCCUCACCGUGUUGAUUUGAUCUGUUUUAGCCGAGCGUAUAUGUGCCUCUAGGACCAAUGAGCUUAGACCUGCAGAGCUGACAGAUUCACAUUAGAAAAGUGAUGAAUGUGUCGGAGGACUGCACUUCAGGAAGAGGUCUCAAAAAUAUUUUAAAUGAAACUGCAAAUGCUCCAUUUUUUUAGUGCUGCUUUGUGUGCAUGAGUGGUGAGAGUGUGUGUGAAUAUGAGUGCGAGUGUGUGCGUGCGUGCGUGCGUGUGCGUGUGUGUAUGUAUGUACACAUGUCUACCUGCUGUACAUGCAGCCAUGCACAAAUGGGUUGCACCAGCCUAAUCAGCACUUGCCUGUUUUCUAACAAAGCAAUCUUGUUUUUUAGUUUUUUUGGAAUAACAGAUUCCUGUAAAUUGCACUGACGUCCUUUCUGUUGUUUUUUCGCUGGGAGCAGAGAGUCGGGACGAUCGCUCGCUCUCUCUCUCUGGGAUUUUUUCAGAAGCUUGUUGUUAAGGCCAUGAACCGUUACUGGUUCUUUGAAGAACCUCCCGUCGCCCAGGUCGCACUAUGCCGUGAAGGGUUUUAAGUCCAAGCUAAGGGUUUGUCAAUGUUGUUGUCAGAUUUUAAAGUGUUUUUGGCCAGGGUCUCUUGUCCCAAGUACAAUGUUUGUACGUCGAAACCUUCUAAUAGGACACGUAGCAUCGUCUACAGGCUUAGCUUUAUGUGUCCAAACUCACUCUCACAAGACGCCGCUUAAAGCAAUAAGUGUGACACUCGCAGACGAGACGUAAAGAGAUCAAGUGUUCCCGAGUGUCUUCUCCGUUUUAACUCUGAACUCUUCACCUCAUGACUCCUGAACGAAGUGACCAAACGACUCCACUGGAAAACCCUGAGCUCAGCAGAUUGAUUGUCCUUUGCCUUUAACAUUGGAGGAGUGUGUGGGGAUUUAAAGUGCACUACAGAAUAAAAUGUCUAUUAUUAAAAAUGGUAAUUGUUAAUAUCAAUAUUAUUUGUGUUGAUUUGCCUUUGUUCUAUGAUGUCGACAAUAAAAGACUGUUCACAAUGUU